AUGUUCCGCUACAAUACUUCAGAAGCUGCUGUAAGGACCGCUUUCUCAACGGUUUCGAAGAAGCAGUUGGGGUUCAGAUUGGCAAGUAAGAAGACGAGUCCAUGGGCGGCUUCAAUUGUGGCAAGCUCCAUGAUUCAUAGGAGAUAUGUUACGCUUUCUAAUGAGAGACAGGAACCAUCCAUAUCUGAUGUAGAAAGUAUUCCAAGAGCGAAAGCAGGCAAGAACGCAUCGUCACCGUUAUCGUCACCAUCGGUGAAGUCUGGUGUCGCUAAGGCUGCCAAUGCCUCUGCUAGUAAUACUUCUAAUGCCUCUAGUGCUGCUAAUGCUCCUAAUACUCCUAAUGCAGCUUCAUCAUCUGCUGUACCUCCAUCAUCUGCUGCAUCUUCAUCUCCGGCGCCAAAUGUGUCGAAACCUAAAAAGACAAAGGAACCACUUAUGCAAAGGAUUAAGCACGAGAUUAAACAUUAUGUAAAUGGUACAAAACUUUUGGGAUUUGAAAUAAAAGUCUCAACAAAAUUGCUUUUCAAAUUUGUGCAGGGCUAUGAGUUAACAAGACGUGAAAUCAAUCAACUGAAGAGAACUAUGGGAGAUAUAUUUAGGCUAGUGCCAUUCUCAGCUUUUCUCAUUAUCCCGUUCGCUGAACUGCUGUUGCCGGUGGCUCUUAAAAUUUUCCCAAAUCUCUUGCCAUCCACUUACGAGUCCGGUAAGGACAAGCAGGCGAAAAGAAACAAACUGAUCGAAAUUAGAAAAAAAACUUCAGAUUUCUUGCAUGACACACUGGAGGAAUCGUCUUUAUUGAGUUAUAACUCUAUUGAAAGCACCGAGAAGAAGAAAACAUUUUUGAAUUUCUUUAAAAAACUCUAUUCGCCUAAAGAUGGCAAGGCCAACGUUUUCACACAUGAAGAAAUUCUAACAGUUGCCAAAAUGUUCAAAAAUGACACCGUUUUAGAUAAUUUAUCGAGACCCCAAUUGGUUGCAAUGUCAAAAUUCAUGUCUAUCACACCUUUUGGAAAUGAUAAUAUGCUGAGAUAUCAAAUUCGUCAUUCCUUGAAAAAAAUCAUGGGUGAUGAUAAAGUUAUCGAUUAUGAGGGCAUCAACUCUCUAUCGACCGAUGAAAUUUAUCUGGCUUGUGUCUCUAGAGGUGUAAAAGCAUAUGGUGUACCUACUGAAGAGCUUAAGGAAAAUCUUAAGGUGUGGUUGGAUUUAAGAUUAAGGCAAAAAGUACCAUCAGUACUACUAGUCCUAAGCUCAACUUACACAUUUGGUGGAUUGGAGAAAAGACAUGAAAUGAAUCAAAAGGCGUACAGCCCUAUCGCUGAAGAAAAGGAGAAAAAAAACAGGUACGAUGAGCUCAUGGAUGUCUAUUAUGAUGGUAUUUUACAGGUCUUAAGUUCUAUCCCUGAUCCAGUAUAUAAUGUCGCAAAAUUGGACGUCUCAGAAUCCAAAUCACCUGCUGCUCCUACCCCUCCUGCUACAGUUGCAUCCGAACACUCAGACUCUGGCCCAGUUGCGAGUGCGAACGAAGUUUUGAAAUCCCUGAAGGAAGCAGGAAAAGAACCAAAUGAUUUCGCUGAAGCUGCUGAAGAAGCGCAACAAGCAACGAAGGCUGCAGAGAAACAACCCUCCGUUGCAGUGAAAACAUCAGAACCCGCAAAGGAAGAACAAACCGAAGAAGUUGAAAAGCAACACGAAGAAGAAGAGCCUAUUUCAAGAACUGAUGAGAACGAAUUUAAGUUGAAUGUUUUGAAGGAGCAAGAAGCCUUGAUCAAAAAGGAACAAGAAGAAGCAAAGGAAAGAACGUCUGCACUUCCUAUUUCUGAUGAUAUAACUCUUGAUGAAGAUGAUAAAUCACAACCACCAAUUCCGACUGACCAGGCUCCGGAAACAAAAGUCAUCAAGAAGGAAUGA